CCCACCCCUCUUUCCCUCUGGACGCUGUCAGUGUAGGGGAGGGCAGUGCCCGCGGUUCAAGAUGCUAAACAGAGAGCGCCGACUCGCCCCUCCGCCCUGGGCCGCCCCGGAUCGCGGCAGAGCCGGCGAGAGGCUGCGGGCGGCCGUAGCGGGACUGCAGGAGCUGGAGCUUCUGAAGGUGCGGCAGAGGGAGCUCGUCAUGAGGGCGCUGGGGACCGAGGCUGCCCCGGCGCAGGUAGGCGCCGAGGAACAGCGGCUGGAAGCCACCCUCAGCGCCUUGAAGGAGCAACUGUCACAUCUACGAAAACAAGAUGUUGGGUUAAAGGUUCACCUGCAACACCUGGACCGACAAAUUAAUGAGCUGAAACUGGACGUCAGCAAGGCAUCCUCAGAGCAACUGGAGACUGACAGCAGGCCAAGUUCAGGGUUUUACGAGCUAAGUGACACAGGCUCCUGCUCUCUGUCCAACUCCUGCAACUCCAUGUGCAGUGAUCUGACUUCGUCCUCGCAGGGCAGCCUGAUGUACCGCGGUCAGCCGGGACCGGGGAAGGACAGCGGCCGGCUGGAGAGCCGACCUCAGUCGGCCGAUGAGAUCACCGUGCGGAUGGCAGGCCUCGUCCCCCAGGGCAGGCGACCCGGCAGAGGCAUCAGGACCACGGCUGAUCCAGUGCCUCCCUUGAACUUCGGGAGGCUGGGAUUUGCCAGGCCCAGACCGGUUUCCACAGGUGACUUGGAGCGAUUUGUACCUCUGCAAAAGGAGUGUAAGUCUUCUGAGCAAAAGGGCGUCCAGACUGACGACAUAUUGGACUGGAAGUAUUGUUGCAACCUGGUUUCCAAGAACAGUGGCGAUGUCUACAAUUACCCCAGCCCCCUCCAUGCAGUUGCCCUACAGAGUCCUUUGUUUAGCCUCUCCAGCAGGGUACUUGGGGUGGAAGAUAAGUACUGUCUGUCAGGCACGGCGUUCACUUGUCCAGAGAGCAAGCUAGUUCCCCCUGAAGCGGGGCUUGGCUGUUUAAAUAAUCAAACUGAGAGAGCCCAGCUCAGCAGGGGUGAAGGGAGCUGUGUCCCAGUGAGUCCAAAUGCUGUGUGUGAGGGGAUGUUAGCAGGUUCCACUGAGGCCCGGAAAGAUAUCUGUGUCUAUAACAAAAUCAGGGGGAAGCUUGAGAAGAUGCCAGCGCAGCGCCGGGGGGAUAAUUGGCAAGGUGCUGAGCUCCAAGGGGAAACACCUGCCAAAACUAAUCUGAGCCACAGGGAGCUGUCUGGCGGUGUGGAUACCUCGGCCCCAGCUGGUCGGCUGGGAGGGGAUUCUGAGGUUGCUGGCAGUGACUGGCAGCUCAGGCCGGCGGUAAGAGGCUUGAUUACCGCAGGUUCCUGUUUGGGCCUACGAGUGGCUCAUGGAGCAAGUUCCUCAAGCCUGCCCAUGGCUCAUGGGUCAGGUUCCUGCUUAGGCCUAUCCACCAACCAGGGAGCAGGCAACUGCUUGGGUGUACCCACUACCCAAGGAGUAGGCUCCUGCUUGGGCACGUCCAAUGCCCAAGGAGCAGGCUCUAGCUAUGGCCUAGUUGACUUGUCCAUCAGCAGCCAGCCAACCAGCCAGGCUCCUGGCUUUCCUGGCGCUGACAUUUCGCAUGGGAUGGGCCGGAACGGGCGGUGUGGUGUGACUCAGGAUGGCUUUGUCCAGGCCCGUUUUGUGGGCCCUGAGUCCCAGCUGCGACUGCCGAGGUGGCCGCCCAGUGGCAAGGCCAAGGUGACCAGGAUCAAAAGGAGGGGCAGCGAAGCUGGGCAGUGUGGGGUGGGGCCAGAGGCUGUCCUCAGAGCUGUGACAGAGGGGAAUCGACCUGGCAAACAUGGCGCCCAGCUGCAGUGCCCCGCUCUUGCCCAGACCCCUGCCUGUACAGGCUGGGAGCUGGCGAUGAGGCCUAGCCCACCCCCUGCGGGCCGGGUGGCUUCGGGGCGCCGGCCUGCCCCACAGCGCAGGGUAGGGAGGAGGCUCUCUGGGAAUCGCGGGACCUGCGCCGGGCGGCGGCGGGAGCUGGGGAGUCGCCUCUCCGGCUUCAGCGACUCAGAGCAGUCCGACCGUGGCUCCCUCUCCCACACCGCCGUGGCCGGCAGCCGCAGCAGUGCAGAUGAGUGCAGUGACCACACGGCUGACCGCUUCGGUGAUGCCGAAUCCAGCGGCAGUGAGUGUGGGCAACCGGCACCACAGGCCGGGGACCAGCAUGCCCUCGGGAACCGCGGCCGCCGGUCGGAGGCCAGGAUAUGCCGGAUAAAGGCCUCCCGUGCCCUAAAGAAAAAGAUCCGGAAAUUUCAACCUGAGGCUUUAAAGGUUAUGACCACUGUGUGAGGAGAUCUCACGCUGGGCACUGUUGUCUAGCUAACAAAAGAAAUUGCCCUUCAGAUGCAAGGGAAAUCCAGUCACGAACUGUGUUUGAACUCUGCUAAAGCACAAGACCCUUUGCCAGAGACUGUUCCUCGUCCUAUGUAUGAUAAUUAUUGUCGUUUUUUCAAUUGUUGCAAAGUGCAUUGUAGAACAA